AUGGAGUCGACACGGGUCGGUUUGGCAGCGGUGCUGCUGGUGAUCGCUUGGUGUCUGUUCUUCAACGUCGGCCUGGUACUCGGCCGCAGCAUCACCAGUCUCGAGGCACCGAGCGGCUGCGAGUGGAAAAAGGACGGAGAAGACGGGGAAAAAGAGCUGGCCUGUAGGGUUAGGACUAUCGCCAACGUGCCCAGCCUAAUUGGCAAUCUCUCGGCCAUUCAAGUGGACUCGAUCGGUUCUUUGGCCUUGGAAUGCAGUGACGUGUUGUUCUUCGAGAGCCAGAUAGAGGGACCCCACGGCUUCUUCUCUCCCUUGCCGCGUUUGGAGAAGCUUCGCGUGGAUUACUGCAAGAUUCGUUACCUGCCAGGUGGUGUUUUCGCGUCGGCUCACAACUUGCGCAGUCUGUCCGUGAGGACGCACAACGGAGACUGGUCAGCGAUGACUUUGGAGCUGCACAGGGAUUCUCUCCGCGGUUUGACGUAUCUGCAGCAUCUGGACCUAGCCGACAACAAUCUCUGGACACUGCCGUCGGAAUUGCUCUGCCCGGUGCAGAGCCUGGCCACACUGAACCUGACGCGCAACAAGUUACAGGACAUCGUUUCCCUUGGAUUCUCCGACUCGGUAGAGUCGUGCACACCUAGCCUGGAGCUGCUGGACCUGAGUAACAACGAUCUCAGCGCCUUGCACGAUCGCGCCCUCAGCAAUCUGCGCAGCCUGACGGUGUUGAAGCUGCAAGAGAACGCGAUAAACGCUGUGGGUGAUCACGCUCUAGCUGGCCUCACCGCCCUGCACUCGCUCAACAUGUCCAGCAAUCGUUUGGUCGCUUUGCCGCCAGAACUCUUCUCCAAGACGAAAGAAUUGAAGGAACUGGUACUCAGCAAUAACUCGCUGUCCGUGCUAGCGCCGGGUCUGCUGGACAAUCUGGACAAUCUGCAGAUACUGGACCUGAGCAACAACGACUUGACAAACCAUUGGGUGAACAGAGACACGUUCUCGAGGCUUCUGCGUCUGGUCCUGCUCGACCUGUCGUUCAACGCGCUCACGAGGAUCGACGGCCAUGUGUUCAAGGGACUGUACAGCCUGCAGAUCCUGAGACUAGAGCACAACGAGAUCGAGACGUUGGUGGACGGUUGCUUCGGAUCUCUGACGAACCUGCACUCGUUGACUCUGUCGAACAAUCGCAUCGCGAAAUUCGAUCCGGCGCACACGAUCGGUCUGCCCACGUUGAAUCAACUCUAUCUGGACAGCAACAAACUGAGAUCGUUGCAUCGUCACGUGUUCGACAAUCUGACCGGUCUGCAGGAUCUAUCGCUGAGCGGGAACUACCUAACGGAGAUCCCGUACUCGGUUCGCGUGCUCCGUUCCCUCAAGACUCUCGACCUUGGCAACAACCACGUGUCCAGAAUCGACAACGACUCGUUCGCCGGGCUGCGCGAGCUGCUGGGACUGCGACUGGUUGACAACAAGCUGGAGAACGUGUCGCGGGAAGCGUUCACCGCGUUGCCCGCGCUGCAAGUGUUGAACCUGGCGAACAACUACAUCCGUCACGUGGAGCAGAGCGCGUUCGCGAGCAAUUCGGUGUUGUGCGCGAUUAGAUUGGACGGGAACGAGUUGACCGAGAUCCGCGGCGCGUUUACCAGCCUCUCGACCCUGGUCUGGCUGAACGUGUCGGACAAUAAGUUGCUGUGGUUCGACUACAGUCAUCUGCCGAGCAACAUAGAAUGGCUGGACAUACACGCGAAUCAGAUAAGCGAGCUCGGGAAUUAUUACGCGGUACGGAACACGCUGCGUAUAAAGAUGCUGGACGCGAGCUACAACCAAAUCAGCGAGAUCGCCGAGGCGAACGUGCCCGACAGCGUGGAGACGUUGUUCCUGAACAACAACAAAAUACGCACGGUGGCCCCGGGUACGUUCCUGCAGAAGACGAGCCUGCAGAAAGUGGUGUUGUACGGGAACGAGAUAAGGAAUCUGGACGUGGCCGCGUUGGCGUUGCAGUCGGUGCCGGAGGACGCGGAGCUGCCGCAGUUCUACAUAGGCAACAACCCCAUUCUCUGCGACUGCACCAUGGAGUGGUUGCCGAGGAUCAACGAGAUGGCACGCUUUCGACAGCACCCGCGUGUGAUGGACCUAGACUCGGUCACGUGCGAGAUGGUGCACGCACGGGCGACGCCGCGGAGGCCGCUGCUGUCGCUGAAACCGAAGGACUUCCUCUGUCGAUACGAGGCGCAUUGUUUCGCCCUCUGUCAUUGUUGCGACUUCGACGCGUGCGACUGCGAGAUGACCUGUCCGGACAAUUGUUCGUGCUAUCACGACCACAGUUGGUCGAGCAACGUGGUCGACUGCUCGAACGCGGGCUACAAGCACGUCCCCGAACGAAUUCCCAUGGACGCGACCGAGAUCUAUCUGGACGGCAACGAGCUGGGCGACCUGGGUAGCCACGUGUUCAUCGGCAAGCGUCGGCUAGAGGUGUUGUACCUGAACAACAGCGGCAUAUCGGCCAUUCACAAUUUCACGUUCAACGGCGUGGGCGCGUUGCGCGUCCUUCACCUCGAGGACAAUGCCCUGCGCGAGCUUCGAGGCUUCGAGUUCGAUCAGCUGGAACGCAUGUCGGAGCUCUAUCUGGAUCACAACGCGAUCGCGACCGUGGGCAACACGACCUUCAAGAAGAUGAAGAAGCUCGAGGUGCUGAGGCUGGAUAGCAAUCGGAUCGUGAACUUUAGGCCAUGGGAAGCGUUGCCCAGUGUCGGAGACAGCACCAGGGUCGCCCUGGAAGGGAAUGCUUGGAGUUGCGAGUGCGGCAACGCUGCUAAAUUGCGCGCCUGGCUGGCAGAGCAUCGCGGGGAUCCCGAGAAGAUGUACUGUCGCGACGGCGUCGAGACGCUGGCACAGGCUAUGAAGCGUUGCGGCGAUCCGUCUACCGAGGCCGUGAGCCGUGGCAUCCAGGAAAUCCCUCUGCUCGGUGGCAACUUUGUGCCGCUUUUAGCCGGCGCCUUGGUGGCUGUGAUCGCGAUUUGCCUGUUCGUCGCGCUAGCCUUCGCUUUCCGCCAGGACGUGCGCCUUUGGGCUCAUGCCCGUUACGGUCUCCGCCUUGGCAAAAUGACCACGCCACCGGACGAAGAAAGGGAUCGCCUGUACGACGGCUAUAUCGUGUACAGCGAGAGGGACGAGGAUUUCGUGUCGAGAUUCUUGGCCGCCGAAUUGGAACAAUCCGGCCUGGCCCUUUGUCUCCACUGGCGGGACUUGCCACCGGCCAGGCCGCAAGAAGCCGUGCCCCCGGCCGCGGCAGCCGCCAGACGCAUAGUCAUAAUCUUCUCGCCGGUCUUUCUCAUCAACGAGUGGCAGCACACGGAAUUCCGCGCAGCCCUGAGGACCGCGCUGGAGAACAUCAGACCGAGUUCGAGGAAGAGACGCGUGGUGGUUCUGCUGGCAACCGAGGCCCCGGCCCGUGAUCCAGAGCUGCAGCUGCUCCUUCAGACCUGCACGGUGCUGAUGUGGGGCGAGAAGAGGUUCUGGGAGAAGCUCCGGUUCGCCAUGCCCGAUUCCGUGGGCAAGAGGCGAGACAGCAAGAAGGUGAACGACCGAAAUCGCAAACCGGCGCGUUACACGGCCGCACCGUCCGCCGGUGACGUGUGGACCAAGCCUAAUGGCGUUUUGGUCGCACCGGUGCACGCACCCACGCCCACGCCCACGCAGUCCACCUAUGUCAGCUCGGCGUCCAGCAGGACCGAGGACGAGGACAGCGGUGCGGAACAUCAGCACCAGCAUCAACAUCAGCACGGCGGUUACAGCGCGCUGCACAGCGGAAACGCGCGGCCUGCCAGCCUCUCCUCGAGGGGCAGCCAUCUUUACAGCACCAUACCGGAACCACCGGUGCCCACAGCGCCUCCUGGUGAGGUCUUGACGCAUCCAGCCAAUCCUCGUACUUAUUUCGUCUAG